GAGAGGAGCGCCGUGUGUCUCCUGCAGCCGCCGGGCUCCUGCAGCAUCCAGCCGUGUCGCCAUGGCUCCCAGGACUAACAGAGUUGUUGGGAUUACCGCUUGGCUCGCUCCGCUUCUCUUCUACUUGGGCCGGUCAGCCGCAGAAGAGUCAUGUGACACUGCGCUGGUGUCCAGCCUGCCGCCGGCAUCCUUCAGGGUCUCCUCCCAGCUGUCCAGCAGCCACGCUCCAGGUUUCGCCAAGCUCAACAGGAGAGACGGAGCCGGAGGUUGGUCUCCCCUCAUCUCAGACCAGUAUCAGUGGCUGGAGGUCGACUUGGGUGAGCGGACCAAGAUCACGGCUGUCGCCACGCAGGGUCGCUACGGCAGCUCUGAUUGGCUGACGUCCUACCUGCUCAUGUUCAGCGACACCGGACACAACUGGAAACAGUACAGACGAGAGGACAGUCUAGGGUCUUUUCCAGGUAACAGCAAUGCAGACAGUGUGGUUCAGUACAAGCUGCAGCAGCCAGCCAUCGCUCGCUUCCUGCGCUUCAUUCCUCUGGACUGGAAUCCCAGCGGGCGGAUCGGACUCCGGCUGGAGGCGUACGGAUGUCCCUACACCUCCGAUGUGGUCAGCUUGGACGGCAGCGGCAGUCUGACAUACAGGCCGAGUACUGGGCCAAGACCGACAUCCAAUAAGAUCAUUUCCAUGAAGUUUAAAAGCCUGAAAAAUUCUGGGACCCUGCUGCAUGCAGAAGGACAGGAGGGACUCAGCCUGAAUCUGGACCUAAAGAGAGGAAAGUUACAACUUCAAUUCAGACAAGGCAGCGCUUCAUCCUCCGAGCCGCUGCACCUGGCCUCCCUCGGUAGUCUCCUGGACGACCAGCAUUGGCACCACGUGGUGCUGGAGCAGAAGCACGGCCACCUCAACCUCACCGUGGACAAACACACGGAAAAGGUUCAGAUCCCCUUCAGCCACUGGAGCAUCAAGCAGCUGACUGUAGGGGCGGUCCACAAACCAGCCAUCUCCAAAAGCAACUUCCAUGGCUGCCUGGAAAACCUGCUCUAUGACGGCCUCAAUCUGAUAGAACUAUUUAAACACAACGACCAACACGUUUCUGUGAAGGGCAACGUGACCUUUUCCUGCGCUGAACCGGUGUCUGUCGCUGUGACGUUCCCCGGGCCCCACAGCUUCCUCCGGUUGCCGUGGACGUCGUCCUCCUCCUCCAGCGCAGUGUCUGUAGGCUUCCAGUUCAGGACAUGGAACGAGGCGGGGCUCCUGCUAACCUUUGACCUCCCCAAGCAAGGGGGCGUGGUCUGGCUGUGCCUGAGUGGCGCCAGACUCCGCCUGCAGAUCCAGAAAAGUGGCAGAACGUUGCUGGAGCUCAGCGUCGGUUCUGUUUUGAACGAUGGCCAGUGGCAUUCAGUGGACUUUACAUCCAGACAUGGUCGUCUAACAGUCUCCGUGGAUAAACAGCAAGGGGGUGUUGCUCAUGCUACGCCCUCAUUUCCUGUCACCAUAACCGGUCAACUCUUCUUUGGAGGUUGUCCUGCUGAGGGCCAGAAUCAGGAAUGCAGAAACCCCUUCGAUGUUUUCCAGGGCUGCAUGCGUCUCCUCACUUUGGAGAACCAGCCAGUUAAUCUGAUUGCUGUGCAGCAAAGACGCCUGGGAAAUUACAGCCAACUUCAGAUUGACAUGUGUGGCAUCAUCGACAGGUGUUCUCCCAGUCCCUGUGAACACGGCGGGCUCUGCAGUCAGUCCUGGACCGCCUUCCAGUGCAACUGCUCCGACAGCGGCUACAGCGGAGCGACCUGCCACAGCUCUGUGUACGAGCAGUCCUGUGAAGCGUACAAACACAAUGGCAGGACGUCAGGAUAUUUUCAUAUCGAUGUGGACGGCAGCGGGCCGAUCAAACCUCAGCUGGUCUACUGCAACAUGACAGAAGAGAACACGUGGAUGGUGAUCCAGCACAACAACACAGAGCUGACCAGAAUGCGACCCUCUCCAGGUGUUAACCAGCAGUUAGUUUACUUUGACUACGGGUCCGAAGAGGCGCAGCUGUUUGCCGCCAUCAACCAAUCGGAGCACUGCCAACAGGAGCUGUCCUACCACUGCAGGAGGUCCCGCCUCCUCAACACUCAAGAGGGCUCUCCGUUCAGCUGGUGGUUCGGUGGUCCAGGCUCCGGCCGGGUCCAGACCUACUGGGGAGGAGCUCACCCCGGCAGCCAGCAGUGCGCCUGUGGUCUGCGGGGCGACUGUGUUGAUCCACAGCACUACUGCAACUGUGACGCCGACCGCACCGAGUGGACUGAGGACUCGGGCCUCCUCACUCAUAAGAAGAGCCUCCCGGUCAGGUCUCUGGUGCUGGGUGACGUCCAGAGGCCGGGCUCCGAAGCUGCCUACAGAGUUGGGCCACUCCGUUGUCAUGGAGACAAAAACUUCUGGAACGCAGCGUUUUUCGACAAGGAGACGUCGUACCUUCACUUCCCCACCUUCCACGGCGAGCUGAGCGCCGACAUCUCCUUCCUGUUUAAAACCACCGCCUCCUCUGGGGUGUUCCUGGAAAACCUGGGCAUCAAAGACUUCAUCCGCAUCGAACUGAGCUCCUCGACUCGGGUUGUUUUCUCCUUCGACGUUGGUAACGGCCCCCUGGAGGUUCACGUGGAAUCAAAUGUCCCUCUAAAUGACAACCGGUGGCAUCGAGUUCGAGCUGAGCGCAACGUCAAGGAGGCAUCGCUCCGACUGGAUGAACUUCCUGCUGUGACCCAGGAGGCCCCGGCUGACGGACACUUCCACCUGCAGCUCAACAGCCAGCUGUUCAUAGGAGGCACGGCGUCCAGGCAGAAGGGCUUCCGGGGCUGCAUCCGCUCUCUGCAGCUGAACGGCGUCACCCUGGACCUGGAGGAGAGGGCGAAGAUCACGCCCGGGGUGCAACCCGGCUGCCCGGGUCACUGCAGCAGCUACGGCUCGCUCUGCCACAACCGCGGCCGCUGCGUGGAGAAGAGCAACGGCUUCCGCUGCGACUGCAGCCCGUCUGCCUACGCCGGCGUCUUCUGCCACACAGAGGUGUCAGCCAGCUUCAAACCCGAAACCUCCGUCAGCUACACCUUCAAGGAGCCGUCAGAGCAGAGCAGGAACGGCAGCGCUCUGCCCUCGUCCAUCUACUCUGACGCAACGCUGAGAGGAGAGAACGUCUCCCUGAGCUUCAGGACCAACCAGAGUCCGGCUCUGCUGCUCUCCGUCAGCUCCCUCUCCAGAGAGUACCUGGCCCUGCUCAUCAACAAGCACGAUAAGCUGGAAGUCAGAUACAAGCUGGGCAACAGCAGAGAGGCUGAAGCGUUGCGGAGCCGCGUGAGGAGUCUGGCCGACGGACAGCUGCACACGGUGACCGUCAGGAGACUGAUGGACUCUGUGAUCGUGCAGAUUGACCAAAACGCCAGAGAGGACUUCAACCUCACAUCUGACGGAGAAUUCAGCGGCAUCAAAUUGGUGGUUCUGGGCAGAGUGCAGGAGUCUGAAGGCUUGGAUCCAGACCUGGCCCAGCUCGGGUCUCUUGGUUUCACCGGUUGUCUGUCGGUGGUUCGCUUUAACGCCGUCAGCCCUCUAAAAGCUGCCCUGCUGCACCGGGACACCAGCCCCGUGGUGGUCACCGGACCCUUGGUCCAGUCCAGCUGUGGCUCUGCGGCUUCAGUCAACCCCUACGCAGCUGAGAACCACCUCUCAGACCAGUCUGGUUCAGUGGGCUCGGGUCAACCUUUAGUCAAUGCCAUGAAGACCGACUCGGCUCUGAUCGGAGGUGUCAUAGCCGUGGUCAUCUUUGUAAUUCUGGCCAUCCUGGCCAUAACCGCCAGAGUCCUCUACCGGAGGAAAGAGACAUACCGGAGCCAGGAAGUGAAGGGAGUCAAACAGCAAGACAGCCAGGAUUUCCACUACAACCAACGGGCCGAGUCCCAGAACGGCUCCAGUGAAAACGCAAAGGAGUUUUUCAUGUAACCAGAGGCUCGGCGGCCCGACCAGCUCCCGGGUUUCCGAGCAGAGGCAGCAGGCACGCCUCGGGACUUCACCCUGCACCACGAGCCAGUCACGCAGUUUGAUGGACGCAAUGGCGCCGUGCAAUAUAGAACGCAAAAAAUACAAAACACAAAAAAAAAGGAAGCGUGGACACACUUUGGUCUUGUACGGUAAAUGCCCAUUCAAGCAGACAACGGUCCUGGACCUGGACGGUUCACAUCUUUGUUUCAACAAAUGUAAAUAUUAAAACUGUAAACGUUGGGGUAGCGUCUAUCCGUCAUAGUGAAAAGUGGUCGUAUGGGUUCUUUGGUCCAGUGAGUCAGGGCGCUUGGCUGAUGAUGCUUUUUUAUGAGGAAUGUGUGAAUGUUUUCCGAGUUUGACAGAGAAUAUUUUACCGUAAUCAGUCUUUCCAGAGGGGCAUGUCUGGGGGAGCUUGCGUUCGCUUCAGUGCAAUGCCUUUUUGUUACGUGCACAGCUUGUGGAAGUCUAGUUCGACAAACUCAGCCCUAGGAUGUUUAUUUUUUAUUAAAAUUUCACUUCUAAUGUCCUCAGUUUCAUCGCGUAACAUCUCCGAAACGAAUGGCCACGGGUUGAAAGGCUAAGUUCACACUGCAAGAUAUUUUUUUAACACAUCCAGAUUGUAAUUGCAAGUAUUUUUGGUUUUGACAGUCUGAACACGCAAAGACCACAUGAAAUCCAUUUAUUUUUCCGAAUUAGAUUCAAACAACAUGCAGAGGUAUUUUUAAGUGCGAUUCCAGUCAGAUCUGUUUGGUUAAAGAUGCACCUCGCUGUUUAGCGCCAGUUCUAUGCUGCAAGUUACCAUAGCAACCAUCAGGGCAUACAGAAUUAUCAGUAACGAUAUGUUAGAUUCUUUAUCGGAUAUGAUAAAAAAAUCAGUCAGGCUUGCAGUGUGAACAAAGCCUAGUGGUCAGAAACGCUGAGGAAGCUUCAGAAAUAUAAUGAAGCCCCUCAUCUUUGUCACCAGGCCAGAGGCAAGAUUAAAAACCUGCAGCUUCAGCUAAUUAAACCUGUCAACUAGUAUAAAAGUAGCCUCACAUUUUGGUUUUAAGUCUAUUUUUUAAAGGUUUACAAUUGAAAAGGGUAUAAUAAGAGGAUUAUUGGGCUAUUGAGGUGUUUUGAGCCUGAAGACUCUCCUUAGCUACAUUACAUCACCAUGGUAACUCAGUGAACACAAACCUCAGUCCUUCGGUCAGGCUUUAAGAUUUAAAUGGAGCGUAAAUCACAAUGCUUUCAUUUGUUCUUCUCUUGAUGAUAUUCAAGAGAAAAAUUUGAUUCAAUCAAGAUUUAAAUGUUUUAACAUCAAAACACUGAAAAUGUUGUGACGUCUGACCAUGAAACCAAGUUAAAAACGCUUGACUGAUGUUUAAAAUUAAAAAGCAGACAAUAUUCACCGGAGAAUUUUUUUUUUUUUUUUUUUUUUUACACAAAACUGAUUUGAUUUGAUGAAAUUUGCCUUUCAAACUUCAGAUUUAACCAAAAGUGAGUUAUUCCCAAACCUGCCGAGUCGUACAUCAAAUGAAACUGAUUAUUUGCUGUUGUGACAUGUAAAAUACAUAAAUGUUUUUAUUUUUGCUGCUGACUUUCCACCAGUCUGUUUUAUACUGCUGACGUCGCAGAUCCCAGAAUGUCUUUUAUCCGAGCAAAUACCAUCGUUACUCUUUAAUUUCACUGUGAUUUGACCGAAGUGACCAUUGUAUAUCCUUCAUUAUGAUGUUAGACCUCAACGCACUUCAUGAAUAUCCUGUCUGAAUGUAUCAAGUUCAAAGUAUUAUAGCUUUAAUGUGUAAGUGUGAUUCUAGUAAUUAAAGACAAACUUCCAGAGUGCCGUGACAGUUAAAAUCCUGAAUCCCAAAAAGGUUGAGAUGCUGCAAAAACUCUCAUACCUACAUUUUAUUAACAAAAGAACAUAACAGAAAAUAUCAGUUGUUGAACGUGAGACAUUUUACGGUUUUAACAAACUGUCCUGUGAUCAAACAAAUCAGAAAUUUGAUUCCCUUUUGGAAACUGUGGGUGUCGCGUCUUCUGGACUAAAGAGGAGGCGAACCGUCCAGCUUGGUUUCAGAGCUCAGUUCUAAGGCCAAUAUCAAUGAUGGGGGGGCAGUGGGCUGGGCAGCUGGAACAUCUGGAAAUGCACUGCAUUUUUUCACAAUGGUGACAAUAGUGAAUCGCCUACUGCACCCAAGCGUUGCCUGAUAGUAGAGGAGAUGAGACGGUCCAGAUGUUUCACCAGCUGAAAACAUUUGGUGCAUCGUGAAACAAGAAAUAUGACAACGGGGCCGUUAAGCAGCUUCAAUCCAAUAUGAAACAUGAAAACAUUCCUCCCCCAAAACACCAGCAACUGGCCUCCUCAGUUCCCAGAUAGAUACGGACAUAAUACUACAGAGUUGUAAACAUCAACCUGUUAGUGCCAUCAAAUUCAAAAUCAUCUCCAUUUAGUUUUUUUUCCCUUUAACAUUUAUAUUCUGAAUUUAAACCCUUGAUUUUCUCUCUAAAACAUUUGAUUUGUGAUAUUUACUAUGCUCUGUUGCGAAUAAAAUAUGGGUUUUGUUUUAUAUGAAUUAAAUGCUGAGUCUCAACGUUUUUAGAAGUGGUGUUGUACAUGAAAUAGUCAAUAUCAGCUUGCAGUUUCACACAAUUGACCACCCGAGCCUGACCAUAACUCUGUUUGCAGCAGAAUUAAACCAUAUCUAUCAUGUUCAAGUCCCUUUCUCAUUCCCUCAAAAACAACGGCUCAGUGUGAGUUUCUGGAGAACUGCAGCAUGUAAGACCAAGAGGUAAUUUAAGUGGCGUAUAUGUUGUGCACAAGUAUCAAAUUUGUCAGACCUUCACUUUCACUUGAGCUCACGCAGAAUCUGGAGAAGAUGAAAUUGGCUAAUGAGGAAAGUGAGUUUCUGUGUACCUGAGUCAGAUCUUAGAUAACAAGCUGGGACCAAGAUAAACCUGGCUGCGCUGAACUUGAUGUGUGCUAAACCCCUCAGCUCUACCGAUUGUUGCAACCAAGAUGAAGAACCACUAAUCUGAUGCUCAUGUCAGUCGUGGCGACAGUCGGUGACCCCUUCAGACCACUGCAAAAGAGCGUUGCGUGGUAUUUUAGAACAAAUACAGGCAGAUCAAGUGAAGGAGGUUUCAGACAGGAAGACGUUAAAGGAAGCACUAUCAGCCUUCAUUCAGCAGGCAAAUGUCCAUGAAAUGAAAGGACAUUUGAUGUUUUCUAACUCAAGUCAACACAAGCGUGCCACAUUUUCAUGACCGAUUUUCCUCUAGUGCUGCCACAGGACUUAGUUACUAUCGAGUGGCAUUUUCAAAGUUUCGUUCUUUCCAAUCAUGCAGAUGAGGCUCCAACACAUUUGUUCUGCUGUCCUGCAGCUAUUCUUUGAGUUUUUUUAUUACUAUUUUUCACUUCAUUCUCAUUUUCCCUCCUUUUUUCCCCCUUUAAGUUUCAUGUUUUCUGCAGUUUUGCAAGCUUUUCAGGAAAAGCCUGUAGAGGUUGUUCACUGGGUUGUUGAAGUUGUCACUUCUCCAUGCUUACUGCCUGCAGGGAGCUCUGCUCCAAACACUCGUAAUAUCUCUGAACAGUUUAGCUUGACAGUUCUCUGCAUGCAGAGAUUCACUAAUCUGCUUCAUCUGACAGGCAAUUUUCUGUCAAGCAGAGAGAUGAUGAGAAUGAGACAGAAGGAAAACCUGAAAGGCUUUGUUGAGAGAUGGUUAAAAUAAAAACACGUCAUGAUCAGCAUUAAUGAGCGAGUCCUCAAAGUGCUAAUGCAGCUCAGGUUUAGAGAGAGCGGCUCAGAUCGACAGCAGCUGUCCUCCAACACACACCAUUCUCUCUUUCUGCAGUCUUGAUUACAGAAAGUUCACUCUUUGGGCAUCACUUAACUUCCAAGAAGUAAAAAUAUUAAUAAUUGUUAAUUCAAUAUUACACCUAUUUAAACUGUAGAAGAUUUGCAAGAGACUGUGAUGGAUGUGUACAAGCAUAGCCUAUAAAUAUUUUUUUUUCUUCAAUGUAUCAAAAUUAAUGAGGUUGGAGCUAAGCCACAUUUAAUUUUUCAUAUCAAACUUGAGGAAAGUGUAUAUUUACUUCUGCUGCUAAUUAGCUUUGCCAACACUGGAGGAAAAAGUCUGAUGUUAUGUUUUUGGUACCCUCCCAAAAAUCGUAUUUAAAUUAUAAAGCAGCAAAUUUACUGCAAAGGUUUCUCGAAUAUCUUUACAAAGAGAUAAUUCCAGACAUCCCCUUUGAGUAAGGGCCAUAUUAGCACAACACAGCAAGUUAAAGAAGGAGGAGAGGAAAGUUUUAGAUUCCUUGUACAAAUACAAGCUUGCACAACUAUUCCAUCAAUGGUUUUAUGAUUUGACUGCUGAAGAAAUUACAUUUAUUAUCCUGCUUACAUGGUUUGCAUUUUAGCAUGCUUGAAUGUGAGUUUAGGUUUAUGCUAGCUGCUAGCAAAUUAGCAACAAUGCUAACACAGUCGUUUAAUUUUGUUCUGUUUAUGUACCAAACUGUUUGCUGUUGCUUUUCUCAGGACUAUAAGUCGUAUUAUUUCAUUAAGUAUGAAAAAAUAAAGAAUCUGUCCAAACUGGGAGAGGAAAGCUAGCAAGCAAUUUAGCUAAAUUAUUCAAAAGAUUUACUUACGAUUGCGUCUCAUUUAACUACCGGAAAAUGUUUUCUGUCUUGAUUGACUGAUAUUGAUUGUAGUUAGAAUCAAAUACAUGCUCCGUUGUAAAUGCUUCUGCAACCAGGUCUUUCUAAUGCUGAUGACGUUAUAUAUUUUAUAUAGUUGUUUAUAUAUAUAUAUAUUUUAUUUAAUUUUUCUGCUGUUGAAUUCCACGAAAAAGUCCCAAAUAAUGUAAGCACAAAGGAACUUUUGCAAAUUCAAGCUCCCACCAUGGGAGGAGUUUUACGACUCGUUUGGUCUCCUGCUCAGUCGCCUGUUCAUUUUCUCUUCUGUCACUGCUUAGUCUUCUCUCCCACGACGUCCGCUGUAGCUCUCCGAGCAAUCAUCGCUGUUGAUAUCUGACUCAGAGCUGUAAAGUGCAGUUGUCACAAGAGACAACUGGGACGGGCGCCACAAGUACUUCGGUCGGUUUCACCAGGAAACUGCAAAAACUCAAUAACACCACCUAAAGAUAAUCAAAUAUUCUUCCAUAUAAAAUUGAAACUGAUAUAAAAGCCCCUUUGUGCCGCUUUAAACUCAAAUUCUGCACAAAUAUUCUGUCUGUUUCAUUAUAUUAGAGUUUUGAGGCUAACAGACAGAAAAAAAAGAAAAUAAGCAAUUCCUCCGCCUCACACUUCUCAUCUUUAUGACGGAAAAACAAACAUCUUGCUUGUAUCCAAAGUAUUUGUUUUUCUUUGUUUGAUUCCUUUUGGCUCCAUUGUUGCCCCCAGAAAACAUGAAACUGCAUCAGUAAUCCUGGGUGGGUGGGUCAUCGUGGGUGACAGUAUUUUUCAUCACACUGAAUAUUAAAGCUGGUUUACAGUCGGUCGUCGGUUUAAUACAAUAUUUUGACACAGUACAACGUGGUGUAGUUUUUCUCUGACAAUACUCUGGGUAAUUAAAGUGUUGUCUGUUGUACCUGGUGAAUAUUAGUGACGUGAGUGUGAGUGAU